UUCAAUCAUUUUCGUUUUGAAUCACCCAAAUGAACUACUGUACGAACCACCAGUGGGUUAACAGUAGUUUGAUUGAUGAAUAUUAGUUUAAAAAACCAUUCUGUGCUUUCGCUUCCUUCAUUGCUCAUCAGUCCCGGCCGGUCAUGGGGGUCAGGCACUUCAGCCACCCGAUGCACGACCUGGUGAUCUGCAGCAAGGCCGACUAUGAGCAAGUGCCGUGCGCGGCCUGCACUGACAUGUGCAGCGGCAUGACGUAUGCGUGCAAGCCAUGCUGCUUUUACAUCCAUUACUGGUGCCUGAUCCCUGAAGAUAUCUCCCACCCCGCCCACCCUCCCCACCGUCUCCACCUUGACCUCCACCCUGUCCCUGCCGACUUCACCUGCUCUGCCUGCUGCCGCUCCCUCCACAACGGCUUCCGCUUCAUCUGUCGGGAGCCCUGCUGCAGCUUCACCAUCGAUGUCAAGUGCGCCUACCCUCCCCCUGUCAUCACCUACCCUAAUCACCGCCAUUCCCUCAACUUCUUCGAUGAGUUGCCGGAAGAUGUCGAGUUAUCUCGGUGCGAUGCUUGUCGCAAACCUUGCAAAUCAUCGGUCCUGUACUGCUUGGGAUGCAAAUUUGGAGUGCAUUUGUUGUGUGAGCGCCCCAUGUGCAUGUUCGAGCACAGGCACGGGGCGCUGCGGCUUCCACAGUCCCGCUGCCCCAGCAAAGAUUGCCUCGAGCUCAAGCCUUCGAUUGAUGAGGAGGAGUUCCCACGCCAUCUCCUUCGUCUCUGCUUUUACUGUCGGAAGGAGAUAGGGCCCCAGACUCCGCUUUACUACUGUAAAGAUUGCAAGAUGAUUGCUCAUGUUAAGUGUAUAUUCUCAAAGGCAAAGGGUCGAGGCGAAGUUUUGGAGAUGAUUCAUGCAGAAGCAAAGCAAGAUGGUGAAAAACAAGGAGCCAAAGAGGCGGCAACGCAGCAUGUUGAGACCUUCGGAAGUAUGGUCAAUUCUUUGAACGACAAAGAGAAGGCAGAGUUGGAGGGUGUGCACAAGAGGCGGGUGGUGGAAAUCAUAAAGGUACUAGCCUGGCGAAACAGCACCGCUGGCAGCUCUGACGGCGUCCCGAAUUCGCCCUUCCUGGAUGUGGCGUUCUCGGAGUUCAGGAAGAAGCUUCCCCACGACAUCCCACGGACUAAUUCUCUCACAGUGGCAUCUGAGGAUGAAAGGCUCUUUAAGGUGGCGGAGUACAAGAUGACUCAGAAAUUGGCUCCUGUCCUAAGAGAACUGUUUGUAACUCACGGAGAUGUGAGCGAGGAAUCCAGAUUAACCCACAAUCCGAGAAUCAUGGUCUUUGUAAUGCUGUGCGGUACAAUCUACAGCAUGGCUAACACAAAAGUCGCCGAAGUCACUGAAGAGCUGUUGUACAACUGGUGGAAGUACCUGAUGUUCAUACACCUCUCGGGGUUCAAAAUCCAAUUUGCAAUUGACCGACUAAAAGUCGUCAUGCGCGCUCACUACACCGAUCUCCAGGAUGAUAACAACUCCAUCUUGAGAAUGGACAAAGAGAUCAGGGAGCUCUCCGAAGAGAUCGAGGAAUCCAAGAGGGAAUUACAGAGAUUGAAGGACGAACGAGAACCGACGUCGAGCGUCACAGAUGAAAGCUUAGUGGAAGCAUGUUUGAAGAACGCGAGAGCUUGGAAGUACUAAAACAUGGAGCCAACGCUAGAAGAGUUUAUGUUUCCGUGAGCAAGAAUUCGAUUGGUACAUCCAGGCGAUGCCGGUGUCUGCGGAUACGCCGGACACGAUGAUAGCCUAAAUAACUGCUAGACAACGCGCAAGAUUGAGGAUUGUCGGGGGUAUGGAAUGCAUUGCGGUAUAAAAAAUAAGCAAAAAGUGAAUGUGUAAUUGACCGCUCUAUAGCACAGAAGGGCCAACCAAUAAUCACAGUCUUAUCACCAUGCAAAACUUGUAUAAAACACCUGUGUUACUUGUGA